AUGCCACCCAGGUCCAACGACGAUCCAAGAAGACACGUUCAGAUAUUACCGGAGAGAGUUGGGAAUGUCUCAGGUAACGAUUUCCCAGGUCAUUAUCCAGGAGAAGAUCAUUCUUGGAAUUUGAAGCGAUUCAAAGAGAACCUCAUAGUCUCCCUCCAACGUCUCACUCCCUCCACACUCGAAUUCGACCUCGUAGGCGUAGACGCAUCAAUAGCCAACGCACUCCGUCGUGUCCUCAUCGCAGAAGUACCCACAGUGGCUAUCGAAGAUGUUUACGUAUGGAACAACACCUCUAUAAUGCAAGACGAAGUUUUAUGUCAUAGAUUAGGUUUAGUACCUUUGAGAAUUGAUCCAAGGGAAAUGAUCUUUCGAGCAAAUCCUAAUGCUGGAGCUCUGGAUACAGAUACUGUCGUGUUUCAACUUCGUGUGAAAUGCGAUAGACAACCUGGGACUCAAGGUGAAACGGAUCCGAAGAGGAAAUAUUGGGAUUCAGAUGUUUAUACGGGUAUGUUGGAAUGGGAACCUGCAGGAGCACAGAAAACGAAAUGGAAAAGGAAAGAACCUAAACCUGUUGAUCCUGAUAUUUUGUUAUGCAAGUUGAGACCUGGGCAGUUAAUCGACCUAACAUGUUUCGCUAGAAAAGGUACAGGAGCCGAUCACGCCAAAUUCUCUCCAGUAGCUACUGCAUCAUAUCGUCUCUUACCACACAUAAUCAUUCGUUCACCCAUUCCAGUAGAGCACCAACAAAAAUUCGUUCAAAGUUUUCCCCCAGGUGUCAUCGGUAUAGAAAAAGAUAAACGAGGACAACCACAAUGCGUAGUGAAAAACUCUAGAAGGGAUACAGUCUCAAGGGAGGUUUUAAGACAUGCGGAAUUCGAAGAUAAAGUUCAAUUGACUAGAAUACGGGAUCAUUUCAUAUUCAAUAUCGAAUCGGUUGGUCAAUACAAACCUGAAGAUUUAGUACCAGAAGCUAUCAAAAUCCUUUUAAACAAAAUUUCCGCAGUAGAAGCAGGUCUGGACAAAUUGUUCGAUCCGGAAGUAUGA